GGCUGCACCACCGUCAGCACAGCCCCUCAGCUGUUAGCUUGGACUUUAGCUACAUCGAUGCUAAGGAAGUAGCAUUGUUUACAGCCCCACAAGUGAUGGUGGUGGCCAUAGCGCUAACAAUACCAGCUAUGUUGACGUGAGAUAAAACACUUAAAGGCGACUAUGUGUGACCUCGACUAGAAGCCGCCAGGUGAGAUGGAUUUCCUCACCCUGUUCGCUGUCUACGUCGUUGUGGUGCUGACAUGCAUAGUGCUCGUCUGCAAAUACUCAGGCCAGCAGCAAACCCCCUUUAGUAUCCUCUUCAACUCUGUAGGAAAGGUAGUUGCACCAUUUACGCCAAAAUGGCUCCAAAAGUUGUCACAGUGGACUAUGCACAGGCUGUUUCAUCAAAGGAACAACAUGUUCAUCUAUCUGCACAUCCUGCUAGAGGGAGCUGUGUAUGUCGAGUUCACCUACGAGGUGUUUGGCUUCUGCAGGGAGAUGGACACCACUCUGACCAGCCUGUCUGUGCCUUAUAUCCUGCUCACCAUCAAGACCUUCUUCUUCUACCUCUGCAUCAAGAGAGAUCCAGGCACAGUGAUGAAGAAGAAAAUCGCUGGCCAGCUGCACAUCUAUCCGUAUGACAGGAGGCUGUUUCACCCGGGAGUCUCCUGUGAAACCUGCAAGCUCGUCAAACCGGCUCGCUCCAAACACUGCAGUGUCUGCAACAGAUGUGUCCAACGUUUUGACCACCACUGUGUCUGGGUGAACAACUGCAUUGGUGCUAAGAACACGCGUUACUUCUUGCUUUACCUCUUCAGCGUGUGCGCCAUGGCGGGUGCCAUUGCUGUACUAACAGGAGACAUGCUGUUUCAUGCUGUACUGCGGUCAGGGCUUCUUAGAGCCAGUUAUUUAGACGAGUCUGGCCAGCAGCAGUCAGCAGGGCCUCUGUUUGUUGCACAGCAUCUGUUCCUGACCUUCCCACGAAUCGUCUUCAUGCUGGGAUUUCUGAUCUUCGUCUUCUUCCUCCUGGCGGGUUAUGCCCUUUUCCAUUCCUUCCUGGCUCUCGUCAACCAGACUUCCAAUGAGUGGUACAAAAGUCGAGGUUACGUGUGUCAGCACUGCCACCCAGCCGCAACAGCAGACCGCCUCUGCAGCCCAGCGCCAGACCACUCUAAAAGAUACUACUACAGCAGAGGGCUACUCCGAAACCUGGGAGAGAUUUUCUUCCCGCCACUACCUGUUCACAAAAAAGACAAAUGAAAGAAAGUUCCUGCCGUCUGUGGUGCUAUGCUGCAUUUACGGUUCAUCCCAAGAACUACUGCUCACUGAAGAAAUUAAGUUUACAUUAGCAAUUUCUUUAUGAGCUCUGGUGUCGACCUCCCACAAGGUGUCACAUAUUGGAAAGUAAUCCUUGUUGGAUUGUUAAUUAAAUGUUCUAAUUGCAAGCAUAGGACAUAUUUAUAACCAUUUUAUAUCCUUUGCCUGCCAUAAACUAAAGCGUGAACGCUUCAGUUUGUUGGAGCAUCCUACCAUUGUCAUUUUUAUAAUACAUGAUCAUGGCGUUAGGUCUCAGGUUUCACAUAUGUUGUACUUUAUGUAUUUUUAUCAGCCAUGGGUCAGGUACUGUGGGGAUUUAAAAUAAAGAAAUAAUUGAAUGAAGUGGAAGCGGUACACUGACAUUCAUUACAGUAGUGUUAUCAAACACACCUAUGCUAGUUGGACAGCACAGAAGCAAAAGUAAAAUGUGCAUUCACAUGUUAUGGCGUCGGUAGGAUGGCCCUGAGAUGCAAAACACAACAUUAAACAAAACACAUUAACAAAGGGAAACAGUAUUUUACAAAGCACAGCAGCGUCGAAGAAAACACAUCGACAUGUUGAGGUGUUGUCUGAUUUUUAAUUUUAUAUUGAACACACAUUAAAAACAUACGAGAGAAAAGUGUUGUCUUAUUGCUAAUAAUGUGUUUUCUAUAUU